AUGGGGUUGCUUAGUAUCAUUAGAAAAAUCAAGAGAAAAGAGAAGGAAAUGCGAAUCCUCAUGGUGGGACUUGAUAAUUCAGGGAAGACAACAAUAGUUUUGAAGAUAAAUGGGGAAGACACUAGUGUUAUAAGUCCUACUCUUGGUUUCAAUAUCAAAACCCUCUCUUAUCAAAAGUAUACUUUAAAUAUAUGGGAUGUGGGGGGCCAAAGGACUAUAAGAUCAUACUGGAGGAACUACUUUGAGCAAACGGAUGGCUUGGUCUGGGUGGUCGACAGUUCAGAUCUUAGAAGGUUGGAUGAUUGCAAAAUGGAACUUGAUAAUCUUUUGAAGGAAGAGCGGCUGUCAGGAGCUUCUUUACUAAUAUUUGCAAACAAGCAAGACAUAAAAGGUGCUCUUACACCAGAGGAAAUUGCCAAGGUAUUGAACCUAGAGAAUAUGGAUAAAACCCGACACUGGAAAAUUGUGGGAUGCAGUGCAUACACAGGUGAAGGGCUGCUUGAAGGAUUUGAUUGGUUGGUUCAGGACAUUGCCUCGCGAAUCUAUAUGCUUGACUAA